AACAUGCAGAAAUUAUAAAGUCGGUCCUUAUUAUUUCGAACCAGGAAAAUACUUUAUUAUGAUCCAGGCCUGUCAUACAGAUUCCAGAUGUUCUGAAUUUUUAAGAAGCAGAGAAUAUACUAUAGUAAAAAUAAAAGAACCAACACCAUUAUUCUACAGAGUAUUAAAAACCACGGAUGAUUCAUGCACAAUCCAGUGGAUGAAAACAAGAAAUAUGUCAGACAUUCAUUCUGAAACUAUUCGGUUUUCUAAAAAUUCUAUCAAUGAUGGAUAUGAAAUUAAUUUCAUUGUAAUUGGUACUGACAAUCAACCUUUUAAUAUUCAUACUGCCAAGGAUGCAUGCAUCGCUCAUCAUCAAAUAGUCACACUUGCUAAACCAAAAGAAAGUGAUUUUGAUAUAACAUUGCACAGUGUGGAUACUUUAAUCCCAAAGCGACAAAAUAUAACCACUAUAAAGUUGCACAAUAGUACUAAUAUUAAUUGUGAAUUAUUGUGGUAUGCAAUUCAAAUGUGCAUCUCAUUAAAUACUUGUUUCGAUAAGGAAAUUUUAAUAUGCAAUAAGGAUUUAAAUAUCGCAUCCACAUUUAAACCUGAUGUUUACUACUUCAAAAUUGCAACUUGUAAUAAAAUUGGAUGUUCUCAAUCAAUAAAUACCAAACUUUUAUGAUUACAUUCCAUCUGGGUCUCGGUCCUGGAAGUAAUUACAAUAUUAUUGUUGGUGUUUUUGACGGUUAUAACAUAAGCAGAAAAAAUAUUGGUGAGGAAUGCCACAUUUCUAUUUCUUAACGUAUAUAUUAUUAACAUAAUAAAAAUGUUUGCUGGAAAAAAACAUUUAUUUA